AUGUCAAAGAAAAUGAAAAUCAUCCCUUCCAUUUUCAAGAGCAACCAACCAUGGCAAUGGCCCUCCCCAUGCCACCACCCCAAAACCCUCUCCUUCCGCCUCCCCGACGACGCCUCCGAGCCCUCGGCCGCCAGGCUGUCGGAGCGGCUGUUCUUCGAGCCAGAGGAGACGAGCUCCAUCGUCAGACGACGACAGGCUUCGUCCCCGUUCAAGGACAGCGUGGCGAUGGCGCUCGAGUCGGAUGACCCGUACGUCGAUUUUAAGAGGUCGAUGGAGGAGAUGUUGGAGAGCCGGGGAUUGUUCGAGGAUUGGGAUUGUUUGGAGGAGCUGUUGUCGUGGUAUUUGAGGAUGAAUCGGAAGAUGAACCAUGGGUUUAUUGUUGGUGCGUUUGUGGAUUUGUUAGUGGCUUUUUCAGCAAAGACGAAGACGCAGACGUGUCCAGUACUGUCAGAUUAG